AUGGGCAAGAAGCUUUCUGCGUCAUCAACCAAGCCCAAGUCGGGCAGUGUUGUCGUCCCGGCGACGACCAACCCAAAGGCCAACAGCGACGUUCCAAAGCUUACCCGUAACGAUUCUGGAGUCGAUGUAUCCAAAGUUUCCCAAGCAAAGCCAUUGCCGGUUACUCUUCUUUCUGGAUUCUUGGGCAGCGGAAAAACCACUCUUCUCCAACACCUCCUCAAGAGCGAACAUGGUCUUCGCAUUGCAGUUAUUGUGAAUGACAUUGGAGCUGUCAACGUCGAUGCAUCCUUGAUCAAGAAGAGCCACCGACUUACAAAAACGGAAGAGAAGGUCAUCGCUCUACAGAAUGGCUGUAUCUGCUGCACCCUCCGAGGAGAUCUGCUGGAAGAGUUGGUCAACCUCUCUGAGCUCCACGAAUUCGACUACGUCGUUAUCGAGAGCAGUGGUAUUAGUGAGCCCGAGCAGGUCGCUGAGACGUUCGAUGCUCGGCUCGCGGAACAGAUGCAAGCCAUGGGCGAGGGUCCCGAGGGUCUUGAUGAGGAUACCUUGAAGCUCCUUAAAAGACUAGCUGAUGCAGGUGGCGUCGAUAAGUUUGCCCGCCUUGACACAACCGUCACCGUCAUUGAUGCCUUUACAAUCUUCAAUGACUUCCACACAAGCGACCUGCUCUCCUCAAGACGAGACGAUGUCGUGCCCGAAGAUGAGAGAACUGUGUCUGAUCUCAUGGUGGAUCAAAUCGAGUUCGCUGAUGUUAUCGUCUUGAACAAGAUCGAUAUGGUCACGAAGAAGGACCUGGCUCGCGUCCUUGACUUGAUCAAGAAACUUAACCCAAGAGCCAAGAUCCUCGAGUCCAACUACGGAAAGAUUGACGUCAAUGAAAUUGUCAACACCAACACAUUCGACCUCAAGGUCGCACAGUCCGGUGUCGGUUGGCUGCAAGAUCUGCACGCCAUGACCGUCCGUGAGGUCAACGGCCGAAAGAAAAUUACACCCAAGCCUGAGACGGAAGAAUACAAUGUCCGCAACUUCAUCUACUCAAGAACACGACCCUUCCACCCUAGGAGACUCUGGUCUCUCAUCUACGACAAAUUUAUCCUCCAAAUGGAAGCCCCUGAAGGCGAAGAUGACGAGAUGGAUGAAGAUGAAGACGACGACGCCGACAUGAGUGACGUCGAGAAGGAAGACGAAGAAUGGGAAGACGAUGAGGAGGAGAAAGACGAUGAAGACGACGACAUGGAGGACUCCCUCGAGCCUCCGUCAAACGACGUUAUCCUCGCCAACAAGACUGCUGACCCGCUCUUCAACCGUCUCUUCCGCUCAAAGGGCGAAUUUUACCUCGCCACUCGACCGCACAGAGCCGGCGACUGGUCCCAGGCUGGCGCGAUGCUGACCAUGACUGGUGGUCGUCCUUGGUUCUGCACAUUAUCCCCCGAAGAUUACCUGACGGGUGACCCAGAGGUCGACGCUCUUGUUGCACAUGACAUCAAGAAGGGCGGCGAGUGGGGUGACCGCCGGCAGGAGCUGGUGUUUAUCGGAGAGAACCUCGACAUCAAGGGUCUUGAGAAGGCGCUGGAUGAGUGCUUGUUGAAUGACGACGAGUGGAAGAAGUGGCAGAAGGUGAUGAAGAACAAGAAGUGGAACGAUGAGAAGAAGAUGGAUAAGCUGCAGGACAUGUUUGAUGACGGGUUCCCUGACUGGGCGGAUGACGAAGAGGACCACGAGGGACAUGACCAUGCAUGA